AUGUCGUCCACCAUCGAAUCCGCCAAAAUGAGAGCCGCCUACCGGGCCGUCGACGAGAACCUCCCGGACAACGCCAAGGUAGUUGGCAUCGGCUCCGGCAGCACCGUGGUGUAUGUGGCCGAGCGGUUGAGCCAGCUCGCCAACAAGGACAGUUUUGUGUGCAUCCCCACCGGCUUCCAGCUGAAGCAGUUGAUUCUCGACCACGGGCUCCACGUGGGCACCAUCGAGCAGUACCCCUCGCUCGACAUUGCGUUCGACGGGGCGGACGAGUGCGACGACAAACUCAACUUGAUCAAGGGCGGCGGCGCGUGUCUCCUCCAGGAGAAGUUGGUGGCCGAGGCCGCCGCGACAUUCAUCAUCGUGGCCGACUACCGGAAAAAGUCGCGUGCCUUGGGCACGGAGUGGACGCAGGGCGUGCCCAUCGAAAUCGUGCCCAACGCCUACGCCAAGGUCACGCUCGACUUGAAGAGAUUGGGCGCCCGGAACGUCGACUUGCGCCAGGGCGGCAAGGCCAAGGCCGGGCCCGUGAUCACGGACAACAACAACUUCUUGAUCGACGCGGACUUCGGCCCGAUCGCGGACCCCCGCGGCUUGCACGCCAAGAUCAAGAGCUUGUGCGGUGUGGUGGACAGUGGCCUCUUCACGAACUUGGCCCGCAAGGCCUACUUUGGCGAGCAGGACGGCGCCGUGUCCAUGUGGCUGGCGUAG